AUGCCAGGCUUGAGAAACCGUGACACAUGGGCUCCACUGCUGUUGAAGAGUUCUCGCAUCAUGUCUUGUGCCAAUGGUUGUUCACUGGGAAUCACAGCACACUUGACAUACGCUAACACUGACCCCAAACCUGUGGAAGGAGUGUUUGUGUACCCACUGGGUGAACGGGAGGUGGUGGUGGGAUUUGAAGCAGUCAUUUCUGGAAGGCUUCUGAGUGUAGAGGUCCAGAGUCGAGGGAAGCUGGAGGACUGCUGCCUUGACUGCUGCCCAGUGCCAGGCAUUCUUGAGAAGGAGUGGGCCUGCUGUGGUGGGACAAGCCAAGACAUACAAUGUUCCAACGGUCAUCUGCUGCUGGAUGAGGAUCUGGAGAGGACUAACUUCAUCACAGGAACAGGGAUCAUUGCUCCCAUGGAGGUGGUGUCUGUUGUCAUCAGUACCACCCUGGAACUCUCCACUUUAGAAAAUGGAGCAAUACAUCUGAUCUACCCUACAGUGCUCACACCCAUAGUAAGAGAGAGGUUGCAACAUGCCAAAGGUGAAACUUGGGGGAGAUCAAAUGAAACAAGUGCAACAAGGUGUUUUGGGGGUGUUUCUGGUAAGCAGGAGAAGAUGCUGGAAAUGAAUGAGCAUUGCGUUCACUCAGUAUUGUCUAGCCCUGCAACCAACCUCGCACCCUAUGAGCUCAACUUCCAGCUGCUGGUUCGAGGGGCCUGUCUACUUGCAGGUCUAGAGAGCCCAACCCAUGCACUGCGGGCAGAUGCAGAUGCCAGUGCUCAGUCUGCCUCUGCUACCUACAUCACCCUUGCGGAGGAGCACCUGUAUGACCGGCACUUGGAAAUCAUUCUGCACCUGAGUGAUCCUCAUAGCCCAUUGGUCAUCUUGGAGAAGGGGCGGCUUACCUUCAGCCAGUAUGAGCAGCAAAUCAGUGCCCGCCGUGAUUUCAUUCGUCGUAUCCAUAAAGAAGCAGAACCUGAGAAAAAACUGGAGUUUGUGAGAAAGCGUUACCACAAGGAUGUGUUGAAUAACCCAGUGGUGAUGUUGAACUUUUGUCCUGAUUUGCUGUCCGAGCCUCCAGAGUUGCAGCAGGCCAACAGAGAGCUUCUGUUCCUAAUCAACUGCAGUAAAAACAUGACGCAGCACAGCAUCAACAAGAUCAAGGAAGGUAUGCUGGUGGCUAUUAAGAGCCUUCCUAGUAGUGCAAUGGUAAACAUUGCUGGCUUUGGCUCUGUUGUAAAGCCUCUGUUUGCCUCCAGCAAGCCCUGCACUGAUAUUAUCACGGACCAGGUAUUAGAUUAUGUACAGAAGUUGCAUGCGGAUCUGUGUGGCAAUAACCUGUUGGGGGCACUGUCCUGGGUGUACCAUCAACCUGUUCAUCGUAGCUGCCCUCGACAGCUCUUCAUCCUCACUGAUGGCUCACUCAGCAAUGUUGGCAAAGUUCUGGAACUAGUCAGGAGGAACACCUGUAAUGCCAGAUGUUUUGGAUUGGGUCUAGGGUCAAGGGCCUGCAGGAGGCUCCUUCAUGGUGUUGCCAAACUGACAGGAGGAAGAGCAGAGUUUCUCUGUGAUGAUGAGAGGCUGCAGCCAAAGCUGAUAAAAUGUCUGAAGAAAGCUCUGGAACCUGCGCUGACAGAUGUGCGCAUUGACUGGUACGUGCCAGACAACAUGGAGGCUCUCCUCUCACCUAAUGAGAUCCCUCCGCUCUAUCCAGGGAACCGUUUGAUUGGCUACUGCACUCUCUACGAUGUCUCUGCUUUCAAAGUAAAGAAGAAUGAUGUGAAGAGUCAGGCCAACAGACCCUUGACAUAUGGUUCAUUUGGCUCAGUGUUUGAGCUCUCUCCUGGAUCAUCUGAGUUGCUGCAGCCAUUGGUGCCCAUGGCUGAGAGAGAGGGAAAAGGAGAACUGGAGCAUGAAGAGGACACUGAAGAUACGCUGAGAGAAAACUCACAAGAAGUCUCUUCUGAGUUUUCCUCCACUGAUGACUAUGCUGCAAGUGAUGUGCGCUGGCGGAUGCAGCAGACCUCAUACGUACAGGAACAGUACACAUUAACACGGUGCUCUCUGAGUAGUGAGAGGGGUGUGUUUCCCUCCUUCUAUCCCUCAGCUGAGUGCCCCUCUCUUGGCAUGGAGGCUGCAUCACUUCCUCACGGCCUAGAGAAAGUACAGCCUCAACAAAGCCAUAGUCUCACACGCUGGGACACAUCAUGGAAACAAAACAUCCCUUCAUCAGUGGAGGCAGAGUCUGGGAAGGCUGAUCAGCUGUUAGAUGGUGAGGGGUAUGUGCUCAGACAGAAGGCUUUAGCCCGUGCUGCAUUGGCCGGCCGCAGUUUUUCCUCACCACAGGGUGAACUGGACAUGCACCGACUGCGAAGGGCACUGGAGAGAGUCUCAUUUGAGCAGACAAUGGGGGGCAGACUGGAGGAGAGUGAUACAGAGACACACAACAUUCUACUCACAGAUUCCAAUGGUCUUCUCUUCCCAGCUUCACCGUUGGACUGGGAUGGUUUCACUGAUCCUGAAUCCCUAUUUGCAGCUGCUCCUGUUGUGCAGGUGCCAUGCCGGUCAGUGAUCCAUGGCCUGCUGGGAUCAAAGCCUGUGUCCUGGGAGGUCAGCAUAGACCUGUGUGCCCUCUGGAGUUCUGAAGAAGCGCCACGGGACAUCUGGGAUGAGAUUGUCCACCAUCUUGCUGCUCGCUCUGUCAUCCGAGAUUUCGAGAACAUGGCAGAGAAGGAGACAGAUAUAGAGCAUGGUUCAUCAAAGCGAUACCGAAUGAAGGCCAUUCAAACCAGCAAGAGCUGUGGAAUCAUCUCCAUGUACACAGCCUUCAGUACUACUGAGGCCAGCCACAAGAAAAUGUUUUCAGGGUCCACAGACAUACGGCACUUAGGUGUGCGUUAUGGGAGUAGACACACAACUGGUACCAGGAGAUGGAGGGCAUACUCUGUUGGUCGCAGACCAUCCAGCAGAGAUGGCAAGGAGAUGGAUGACACACAAACCUCUACAGACAGAGAAAACACCCCAGCUUCUCCACACAGUCUGGCAUCUUUGGGCAGCAGUGGGGAUCCUGGGAGUCCAUCUGCUGCUUCAUCCCAUUCUCAAUGUUCAGUCCAAAGCAAGUCCAUGGAGAGUUUCUUCAGCUCCAGAUUUAAUCUUGGUAGACUGAGGCCUAGCUACAGCUCAGGAAGACAGACUCCUCUUAAAUCUCAGUGCUUGUCUGCCAAAUCUGAAACACAGACAGACACCCAGUCUCCUGACUACCUGCCCCUGUUGCGUUUGCAGCUUGCUUCAGGUGCCUUCCUGCUGUCUGGGUCAUUCUCCGAGUGUAUUCGCAUCCCUCUGGAUCGUCUAAAGCGAGCAUCUCCCUACCUGAUCCAUCGCAGCAGCUUGAGCCCUCCCUACCAAUGCGUCUCUUCACCCUCCACUCGCCGCAUUGUCUCCUAUAGGCCGGAUGACCAGAGUAUCACACGCCCACCUCAUGCUAGCUCAGGCCGAUCAUAUUCCAGUGAUCCCCUCACUGUGUUUCCAGAGCCCUUCAGCUCAGAGGAGGGCUCUGUAGAACUUGUGGGGGGAGUCCCACAGGCUGACAGUGGGCGUGGCUCUGAAACAGACAUGUAUGAGGAGGCAGAACCACAGGGGGAAGAGCUGGCACAGCUGGAUGUGGAGAGUUCCAGCUGGGCAACGUCUGUGGCUUUGGCAUGGCUUGAGCACCACUCUGCAGGCUUUUUUGUGGAGUGGGAGCUUGUGGCAGCCAAGGCAGACUUCUGGCUCAAACAUCAAUCACUUCCAGAGGGCGUAGACCUGCCAGGGCUGAGGGCAGCCGCUAGACAGCUGUUCCUGCUGCUGCGCCACUGGGAUGAAAAUCUACAGCUUAACAUGCUCUGCUACAACCCAAAUUACAUGUGA